CAUGGCACCAAUUCAACAGUGUUCUUAGAGGCAGCCACACCUCAGCAAGGUCUUUUUAACUUGGGACAGCAAAGUUCAAAUGAACUAUUAGACACACACUGCAAAAGAGUCCUGAACUGAGUUAGGAGGGGAAUCUUUACAGCACGAUUGCCCUCCACAGCUACUAGAAACGACAUGGAACUUUAAGGAGAGAAAAAGAAAAUGGACCAUCUCCCAUAACACCUGGAAUGUGAUCCAAGCCUGGAGACAAAAUGAUGGUUUGCAGCUAGAAGACAAUAAAACUAGCAAUGGAACCACUAUAUGAGGAAUACCUAGCACAUGGUGGAACAAUAGUCAAACCUUAUUACUGGCUAAACUUCUCUCUAGAUUGCACCAACUGUCCUUACCAUAUUCGGACAGGUGAGGAAGCAAGAGUCCCCUACACAGAAUUUCAUCAGAUUUUUGGAUUCCCUUAUGGGCCAACAUAUCCUCAAACAAAACACCUCAUAUUUUAUGAACUCAAAAAUUCUUCUGGUAGCCUGGUGCAAAAGGGCCAUGCCAGCAACUGCACUGGGAAUGAUACCCACCCAGAAUCAAUGCUGUUUGAGACAAAUGGUUAUCUUGACUCCGCUGUGCACAACAACUGCAGCAUUAGGCACAUCAUCCUGUAUUCCAACAAUUCCCCUUGUAAUGAAGCCAAACACUGCUGCAUCAGCAAAAUGUACAAUUUCCUGAUGACGCACCCAGACGUCACUCUUAGUAUUUACUUUUCUCAGCUCUAUCACACUGAGCACGAAUUUCCUGCCUCGGCGUGGAACCGUGAGGCUCUUCGGAGCCUGGCCAGUUUAUGGCCCCAGGUCACUCUGAGCCCAAUAAGUGGUGGGAUCUGGCAUUCUCUUCUCGACAACUUUGUCAGUGGUGUCUCGGGACCUGCUGUUUUCCAGCCCAUUUUAACCGGGAGGGCCCUGGCUGACCGGCACAAUGCUUAUGAAAUCAACACCAUAACAGGAGUGAAACCUUACUUCACAGAUGCUCUUCCCCAGAAAAAAGAGAAUCAGAACUACCCCUUAAACCAUGUCCUCUCUGUACAGUCUUUCCAAGGGACAAGUAGACAACCACAGUCCAGUGUGACUCCAGACCUCAGGAAUCCUAUUGUCUUUGUGCUGGUCCCUUAUAGAGACCUACCACCAAUCCAUGUGGGUCAAAACCCUCACAAACCUAGGAAUGUGGUAAGGCACUUAAAUUUGCCUCAAAUGUCACUCCAGGAAAACAAAGACCUCAGAAAGACCAAGGAAGAUAAUGAAUCAGAAUGGUUUGCAAGGAGCAAAGAGGCAGAGGAAGAGAAGAAGAAGAAGAAGAAAGAACAAAAAUAAAAUCUACAUGUUAUGAAUGCAUGAAGCCAAGUGCCAGGAGACUUACUAGCUGGGCAACAAAAAUCUGAAAAUCUCUCUCUCAGAUCUGAUCAAAGAUGAGGAUUAACUGAUGCAUAAGAGCAAAAACUGAAUUAUAUACCAUAUCAACUAUUUUAAAACCAUACUUUUUCUAACAUAAUCUAAAAUAUUUCCAUAAAACAACAUGAUCUCUCUCCUUUAUUUUGAAUGUGAUAAUAAUAAAAUGGAACCAUUAAUACCUUGCUAAUAUUUUGGUAAAGAUUAGGAAUAUUGUUAGUCUACCCAAUCAUCUUUCCAAUAAAAAGAAAACAUGGACUAAA